AUAACUGAAACCAGCUCAAAACGACGUCACUUGAUCCUUCUUCCCCACUCUCCCCUUUCACUGUGACACAAACAACCGGAAAAAUCGCCGGCGAAUUGAAGCUCACUCUUCGAAACGAAGCUAUACAAUUCACUCACAUAAGAAUUGCAGCAAUAGACUCCGCCGCGGAUAAUGGAUGGUAGGCGAGGAGGAAGAAGGCGUGGCGAUCAGGCACUUCUGCCUUUGCGCCGCCCUGCUAGGCAUUUCGCUCAUACCGUUUCUUGCUGGUAUUGUGAUUUCAAGUGCAUCGCAUUCAAUGAGCUGUUGUUUCGUUUGGGUCGCAGGCACGAUAGGAUCUUGAGGAUUUGGUUUUCCAUUGGGAUUGGGUUUAGCUUGGCUGCCCUCAUUGGAGCUACAGUAAUUAUUCUCUGUGAAAUGGCAAAAGCAACUGUUACAUAUGCUGGAAUAGCACGGUCUCGCGACUCCUCAUUCAGCCUUUCUUUUUUGACUGCUGGCAUGCACAUGUCACCUUCCAGUAUGGGCUUCGUGUGCUUAUCUUCUUUCUUGUGCGUACUGGUGCAUGAGUUUGGCCAUGCUCUUGCAGCCGCAAGUGAAGGUGUGCGGAUGGAGUAUAUUGCAAUCUUCUGUGCUCUUGUAUUUCCGGGAGCUUUGGUGGCUUUUAAUGACUCAUCAUUGCAGCUAUUACCUGGACUGGCUUCUCUCCGAAUAUAUUGUGCUGGUAUUUGGCACAAUGCGGCAUUUUGUGGAGUUUGCACAUUGGCUUUGUUCCUUCUUCCCUUCAUCUUAAGUCCACUCUACAUCCACGGUGAAAGCCCCAUGGUAUUGGAUGUGCAUUCUACGUCACCAUUGUCGGGUUAUCUUUCACCAUACGAUGUUAUACAUUCUUUAGAUGAGUUUCGUGUUUAUACUGCUGAUGAAUGGAAGCAGAAACUUACUGGUUUGACUGAGCAGACUCCCCCACUUUCGUUUGGUCAAUCUACUGGAAUGGGAAACUUGCAAAAGAGUUAUUGUGUUCCACAUUCCUUGAUUGAAAAGAGCAUUCAAGUUCCAUUCACAAGGUAUGAAACAUAUUGUCCAAAUGAACUUUUUGCCUUUGCACCAAUAACCUGUCCCGAUAUGAGCGAAUAUGGCGAUGGUGGCAACAAAACCAAUAAUCAGGAAAGUGUAGAAACAAUUCAUUGUUUGAAUGCUAAGGACGUUAUCAAGCUUAGGAAAUGUGCGCAUGAUCCCAUGCAAGCUUGGAGUAAUAAAAGCGGAUGCCUUUGCUCAGAGGAUGAAUCGUGCUUGAUGCCAGUGCAACUGCCAGGUUUAGGAUGGGUGGAGAUUACAUAUUCUAGAUUGGAAUGCCUCAACCACGGAAGAAGUUUAGUUUCGGAAAACCAGCAAGCCAAUAGUGGAGAGAAAGGCUGCCUCCAGACUUUUGUCUUUGUUGGUGAUCUCGCCGCAAUGGCACAUUCAGUUCAUUUGAUGUCAUAUCAGCCUCGAUUGUCAAUUUAUUUCCUCGCAUACCUUCCAGAUCUGUUGGAGAGAUUUCUGACGUGUUCCUUCCAUGUCUCUAUGGUUCUUGCUCUACUGAACAGCCUACCGGUGUUCUUUCUCGAUGGCGAAUCCAUUCUAGAGGCCACUUUGCUGCACUACUUUGGCUUUCUGAGCUCCAGGAUGAGGCAAUCAGUUCUGCGAUGUUGCCUUUAUGUAGGGACCGCGAUUUGCGCCUUUUUAAUCAUGCGAACAAUCUUCGUCUCAGUCAGCUAGACUGGUUUGCUGGUGCAGCAACAUGUUUGCAUUGAUUUACCAGAGAAAUUGCAGAUAGAAGCAACCCAAGCUGAUUCGUACCAGAAAACGAAAGCGGAGGAGAUGGAGGAAGACGAAAGACUAGCCAUUGGGAAGAAGAUCCAAAGCUAAAACUGCUUUUGCAGAGUUUACCAGUUUUGUUUGUUGAGACUUGAUACAUAUCAAGAGUAGCUGCAGAUCAAAUAGUUGUAUGUUUCAUUUUCUCAAUACAAAUUUGGAAAUUUACUCUCUCUAACACUUCCCAAAAUAUGUAAAUACAAACUUUACUUGGCCUAGUGGUUAAUACCCGUGGCUAAAGGUUUCGAGUUCGAAUC